AAACGAAUGGAGCAUUUUAAGUUGACUUCAAUGGCUUCCGAAUCCGAUCAUCACAUAACUCCAUCAAAACCGUUCUUCGCCACAACUUUGUUGGUCGUCACAUUCUCAUAGCAGUUUCUUCUUUUUACCCAAACCCUUUUCCCCAUUUUCGCCUCGUUCAGUUUUUGUUUAUAUCCAAGUUAGGGUUUUUGGGAUCUGGAAUCAUUAAGUUGUCGCGAUCUCAUCCUAAUAAAACCCUAAUCUUGGACCAAAGGAUUUACGUCUUAUUCUUUUCUUUUCCCAAAAUUGCGGAUUUCCCCUGUUUCAGUAAUCAUGUUUCUUAUUUUCCAUACAUUCGAUCGAUUUGCUUAUCUCGCGUAUUUCAUCCGUAUAUGAAUAUCUAUACAAACGUAUACAUAUUCCUAUAACUGUAUAUUGCUGUGUACAACAAUAAUUCCUAUAACUUUAUAUUGCUGUAUACAACAAUAACUUUGGAGGCAUGAAGCAUUCAAAAAAGAAGAAGAGGCCUAGACCUCCGGUUCCGAAGACGAAGCAAUCGGCUGAAUGUGAAAACCCUGCCCCUGGUCAGAUUGAUGACCAAUCUAGGGUUUUGAACGAUUUGACAGAAGGAAUUGCUUCCUUCUCCAUAGAAGAAACCAUUGAGAAUUUAACUGAAACAACUUCGAAUUCAAGUGCUAAUAGGGACGAUGAUUCUGCCGAAAGUUUUGGAAAUUCGACUGAGACUUCUAGUUCAAGUGGAAGCUAUGCUUUAUCGAAUUGUGAUGGUUAUAAUCAUAGGAUUGGAGGCAAGGUUAGUAAGGGACAUAGGGGGAAUAAAGUGAUAGCUGCAACUGGAAUGGUGUCAACUGUAUUGGGGAAGGAUUAUGUGAAGAGAAGAGGGGUUUCUAAAUGGAAGGGAUUUGCUGAUGAAGGUGCCAGCCAUGAAGAUGCUGAACAGUUUUUGUGCUCGAUGCUUAGUGAUGAUUGUGAAUUGGGCAUGGAUUUGGUCAAGGACGUACUUUGUCAGACUGCUUAUGAUGUUGAAAAGGCAUUGGACAUACUGCUUGAAUUAACUGCUUCUUCAUCUGAACUUCCCAAUAGUGGUCAACCUCACACCUCAAACACACAAAGUAAAGAUAAUAGGGCUCCUCUAGAAGCAAGUUACAAUUUAACAAAUAGGACUUCAGACUUAGCUUCAUCAUCUAAGAGUGAUCUUCACAGUAAUAUAUCAUAUACUGGCUGUAAUGGCAGGAAUUAUUUCGAUGUUCUUGCUAAUAAUUGUGGAAGUGGUCCCCCACCUGGCCCAAAAACAUCCUCUGAACUGACCCAAGAUGUGUUGGAAUCUCUUUUCUAUACACGAAAGAGUUCAAAACAUGAGCCAGGAAGCAUGAACUGGAGGAAUGUAGUAAAAAAGAUGGAGUCUUUUGGGCAGAUGCUUGAUUAUCCUUCAGAAGCUAAUGACACAACCAAAAAGCAGCAUGUUUUUGCUAAAGGGGAUGAUUAUCAUAACUAUAGGAAUACUGCAAGCCAGCAUUGGGAUUCAAUGAAGUCCUACUAUCACAAGGCUGCAACUGCAUAUGCAAGUGGAAAACGGGAAUACGCAGCAUAUCUCUCAGAUCAGGGAAGGAUGUGUAAUGAAAAGGCUCGACAAGCAGAUGAAAGGGCAGGCCAUGAUAUAUUUGAUUCAAGGAACAAGACGUUUGAGAAUGUGAUAACAAUUGAUCUGCAUGGACAACAUGUGAAACAAGGGAUGAAGCUUUUAAAACUCCACCUAUUAUUUGGGGCAUAUGUUCGUUCUGUUUGGGUGUUUAGAGUUAUCACAGGAUGUGGGAGUCACGGACUAGGGAGGUCAAAGCUUAAACAGUCGGUUGUUACUUUGUUGGAAACAGAAAACAUAGAUUGGAAAGAAGAAAACAGAGGGACUUUGCUAAUCAAACUUAAUGGGCAGAGAGAGUUCAGCUUCUUGGACUCUGGGAGUGACUCAGAGUAACCAUUUUACUUGAAUGUUGUAUGUUAUGUUGAAAGAAAAAACAAAGAUAUUAAUUAUGAAAUUGUAAAGUAACCUAAGGUGGUUAGUUGGUCCGGUUUUAGACUCAGGCUCAGGAUUAGUUGUAAAUUGAGCUAGUCCUUUUUAUUUUAUCUUUUUGUGUAUUCAUGCAUUAACUUGAAUGUCAGGAAAUCUUUUUUGUUA